AUGUGGAAGUGUCAUAAAUGUGGAAAACCUGUAUACUUUGCGGAACGCAAACAGUCCUUGGGUUAUGACUGGCAUCCAGAGUGUUUACGUUGCGAAGAAUGUGGUAAACGGCUAAAUCCAGGCCAACACGCUGAGCAUAAAGGAGUGCCUUACUGUCACGUGCCAUGCUACGGUGCACUUUUCGGACCGCAGCUUUUUGGACAUGGAACGCGUGUAGAAUCUCAUAAAAGCUAUGGUGUAAAAGGAGCACAACGGCCAGGUAUUGGUAAUGGCGGUGGGUCUGUACUGCCUAGAGAUCAUUUGGAAAGUAAGCUUAAGGUCUACAAUCAAUUUUAUGACAAUAAAAGCAUGGAAGUACGCAGCCGUGAGGUAAAUAAUCGGCUAAUACUAGAAGGUGCACUACGUGUUUCUUGGGGUGUACAUGGUGUGAUACAUCUCAAAGAAGAUGAUGAUCAGCGUACUCUGGUAGUACGUAAAAGGAACUCCAAGCGUGUUUCCAAAGCAGUAGAUGAUAGUCCAUCGGAUAAGGAAAAUGAUAUCAGCGAAUCACUAGAAGCGCCCACCACACCAAGUGAGGUGGAGAAUAUGUCAACAGAUAUAUCCUUGUCGGAGAGCAUGACUUUUGAUUCGUGCAGUUUGAAUGAAUAUCCAUUGACGGAUCUGCCUACAACGCCAGAGGAAGCCUCUGCCAACACUACUGGUGGAACUGAUGGCAGUGCUGCUGUGCCUUUAUUAAAUGGCUCUAACGGACGUGCUGAUAAUGAAGAUGAAUCUAUAUCGUCUAGUACUUUAUGCGGUACUGAUACCACAAUUACCACAGCAUCUACAAGUUGUCUCUCUGCAACGUUGCCUUCCAAGUUAGAUAAUUUGGAAAAACUAGAGUGGGAUGAGAUAGAUGAUUUACUACAGGUCGAGCGCCGAGUUAGCGAAAAGGAUAAAAUUUAUGAAACGAUGCCGGUUAAGUUGCCAUCAUCACAGACGUCUUCCAGCGACAGCUCACCAUCAAAAACAAUCUCGGCCCAUAAUCUAACUGAAAGCACAAAUACGAUCAGCGAAGUGCCAUCACCAUCGACGCCAACCUCUUCUUCCACAACAAAUAAUAAUAGUAAUAGCAAUAGUGAGAGUAGUAGCAGUACUUCUUCGGAUAAUUUUGUCACAGCAACCUCGGCGACAAUAAAUACCAGUACUACAACAGCUGAUAACUUUGACACCGCUGAUGACGCAACACUCAAGCCAAUGGAUUUUGAGGAAUUCAAACGUAGCGUACAUCUGGAUUAUGUAAAUGGUGCCAAUUCAUUUCGUGAACCCAAUGAAGAUUCGCUGAAACGCAACCAGCCAAUUGAUCCAUCAAGAAUACACGAUUCCCUGAAGCUGUACGGUGAAAGUCCAAUGAGUAAGAGUUUCAAUUGUGAGCAUGCUUUGCGCUCCAUCGAUGCGAAUUUGAUUAACGAUACGCUACACUUAAAAAGCGGCACUGCAAGUGCACAUUCCAUGCAACGUAUGUAUGCAUUGCAAAAAAGUGGCUCAGCCACUACCGCGACCGGUGGCAAUCAUAAAAACUUAUCACCCUAUCAUCAUGCACAGCAGCAUUUUGAAAGGGGUAUAAAUCGUUCGAAAUCAGGGCCGUCUUGUUUUGACUAUUCGGAUAGCGAAGACGACGAUGAUCCAACUUUGAAGCCGCAGGAGUCAUCUACCAUGCGCCGUAGUGACGUAUCGCAAAGGUAUGUGAAAAUCGAAAUGGAUUGCUAUCCGAAAGAAGCGGCUUAUAAUAACAAAGAUGAGAGGGACAAAUGUAGCGUUAGUGACGCUGACUCCAGUCGCACUGAAGGACCCUCAAUUACAGUGACUAACAGCGGUGCAGCCGGCGGUGAUGAGCUGACACAAACGGAAGAGAUGGUAACGGCUAGCGAUGGACGCGGCGGGCGUCAUGUCGGCGACGAUGAGGAUGGUGCGGAGGUGCCUUUGCAUGUCACCGAAGAUGGUGUGGUUUUGCGACGGCCACCACGAACCGGCGCGGCUGCUAUAAAACGGCGUAGUGGCAAUCGAAGAUCGCGUACCAAAUUGAAACGACGCUGUUCGAUAAAUGGGCAUUUCUACAAUCGUGAAACAUCCUUCUUUACGCCACCGUAUGGCUCACAGAUGUCCGUAUGGGUGACAUCGUUGGUCACCACAAAUGAAGUGAUUAAUUUAUUGCUGGAAAAAUAUAAAGUAGAUAGUCCGGCAGAGAAUUUCUCACUUUUUAUUAUACGCGAUAAUGGUGAACAGAAACGCCUGAAAGAGACUGAUUAUCCGUUGGUCACACGCAUCAUGAUGGGACCGCAUGAGGAUGUGGCGCGUCUAUUUUUAGUUGAUGCUAAGAAAACGGAUGAAAUUAGCAAUGAGGUUGCACAAUUUAUAAAUCUCUCGCUGCCAGAAUGUCGUGCCAUUUUGGAACGUUACGAUGAUGAAUUAGAGCGUGAGGUGGUCAAAGUCAGAGAACGAUAUGCCGAGCUGCGUCGUCGCAUAAUAAAUCGUAUGGAAUCGCUGAAAGUACACUUAUAAAUUUCUUACUUUUUAUGUGUUUAAUUGACUAUUCAUUUAAAGCACGUUACUCUCCAACUUAUAUCUAUUAAACUAAUUUUGUCUCAAA